AUGUUUGGCCAAAGGAACAGGAAGAGCUUCUCGGCACCAAAGAUUUUUGGUGGUACUGGCAACAGCGGCUCCGGCACAUCCCCUCUCCUUGCAUCGGCACAUACACCAGCCAGCGAAUACGCAAGGCUCUCGGAAACAUCUCUCGCAGGCAACGACAGCCCAAAUUCCAGCAUGCGCGGCCCGGGAGGUACUCGCUACGGACCCCAAGCGACCGUCUCGUCGUUCACGAGUGCCCGAUACGGCCCCACGGCUGACUCACCGUCCUCGUCCAGCCAUGGGCAUUACGCUGUGCAGGUCGAGCCAGUGGCGUUACGAACGGCAGGUUCCGGCGCUGGAACGGGGCCGAUGUCUGGUAUCGACGAGGCUGACCUUGACGACCAAUUGCACACCUUCACCGCCGCAGAGAAGAAGGAUCUUACCGCACCCUUCACGUUCAGGUCGUGGCGUGGAUGGGCCAACGCCCUGACCCUGCUCGUCAUGCUGUCCGGCUUUGUCGUCCUCUUUGCCGGUUACCCCAUCAUCAGCUGGUACUACGCCGACGAGAAAGCUCUCGGCGCCGGCACACCUGGGUUCAACCUUGGCGGUGUCAACGCUUCUGGCCAGUACCCAGAAAUCCCUGGCUUCCCCAGGAUGAUUGACCCAGACACACCCAAGGAUGCUUACCACCACAAGAGCUUUGAGGGAGAGACCUGGGAUCUCGUAUUCUCAGACGAGUUCGAGAAGGACGGCCGCACCUUCUUUGAAGGAGACGACCCAUUCUUCACUGCCAUGGACAUCCACUACUGGCCCACCAACGACUUUGAAUGGUACGACCCUUCGGUUCCGACAACGCGCGAUGGUCACCUCGUCCUCACCCUCACGCAAGAGCCCAUCAACGGCCUCAUGUUCAAGUCGGGUAUGGUCCAGACUUGGAACAAGCUCUGCUUCAACAAGAAUGCCUACUUUGAGGUGUCGGCCUCACUCCCUGGUACCCCUAAGAUUGGUGGUUUCUGGCCGGGUAUCUGGACGAUGGGCAACCUCGGCCGUGCAGGUUACGGUGCCACCAACGAUGGAAUGUGGCCGUACUCGUACUCGGAGUGUGACAUUGGCAUCAUGCCCAACCAGUCCAACCUCGAGCAGACCGAGCCCUUAGUCGCAUUCACUACUGGUGAUCCGAACUACAACAACACUCUGUCGUAUCUCCCUGGCCAGCGUUUGUCGGCUUGCAACUGCCCAGGCUACGACCAUCCUGGACCAGAGGGUGUCGGUCGUGGUGCUGUCGAGAUUGACAUGAUCGAGGCCCAGAUGGACCUCAGCGUAGGACGUGGUAUGGUCUCGCAGUCGGCUCAGGUCGCCCCCUACGACGACUAUUACCAGUUCGACAACAGCUCUGACGCUGCCGUCAUUUACGACAAGUCGAUUACGCGCUUCAACACGUACCUCGGCAGUGUGUACCAGCAGGCCGUCUCUGGACUGUCGUACACAGAAUCAAGGAUCUACUCGAACGUGAGCGCCGAGUUUGGUGUGUUCGGUUUCGAGUACUCGUCCGACUACAACGACCCAAGCAACGGUUACAUCCACUGGAUCAACAUGGGCAAGCCUGCCUGGACGAUGUUUGCCAAGUCUGUUGGACCCAACCCUCGCACCGGCGUUGGGCAGCGCCUGAUCUCGCAGGAGCCCAUGUACAUGAUCUUCAACCUCGGCAUGUCCAACAAUUUCGAAUACGUCGACUUUGCCAACAUUAUGUUGCCGAACGAGAUGCGGAUCGACUACGUCCGCGUCUACCAGAGGCCGGGCGAGAGUAAUGUUGGGUGCGACCCAGCUGAUCGUCCCACCGCCGCGUACAUCGAAAAGUACGCCGAGUUGUACAACAACCCGAACCUCACCGUCUUCCCCGACCCUUCCAAGGGGCGCGAGUUCCCCAAAAACAAGAUGACCCACCCCAAUUGCUAG